GAGGAAACACUUUAUUGCGUAGCACAGCUAGUAAUCCACAUGCGCAGACCAAGCUUAGUUGUAGGCUCUACUUCACUCUCCUUAACUCCAAAUGUUUCUGGCGUUCCCUUUGAAGAGCCUUGUUCUUGUUCAAUGUGAAAAAGCGCAACCUAGUUAACACCACAAACUGGAUCAUUUUUGCAGUGAGCUGUUUGCGAUGGAGCUCGCAUCCCACUUGGCGAAGUGCUAAACUGCUCAAGAACUGCACAAAAUCACACACUGAAGGCAUAAAGCUUCUCUGUUGAAAAAAUAAUGUGAAUGGAUCCUCUAGCACUUUAAUGAGCGCGGAUAACUCAUCUCCAGGAUAUAAUAGACCUCCCCUGUCAAAUCUUAGCACGAACAUGCUGUUUGCAUUGCAUUCAGCUGCUUUUCUGGUGACACAUGCCGCAAGGUCCUCGACGUACUUCAAUACUCAGUGCCGUUCGCAAAGGGCACAUUCUGUUGUCGACUCCUUGUCAGCACGUUUGAUGUUUCGCGACCACAAUUCAAGCCGAGCUGCGUCUGUAGCCGGUCUACAAAGGGAGGCCUUGGAUUUCCACGUUCUGUACCAGCUUCUGCAUCCGGGUACGAAACAUGUUCGCGCUUUCGACGCCAAGCGGGCACGUCGCGUUAUCUAAUACAUAGCACAUGAACAGCACAAUAUCACCACAGAACACCUAUACAAACUACGCACCUCAAAAUAAUCACAGUGAUCACGAUCGACGAGCAAACAAGCGCGGUCUACACGCCUACGCCUACCCGGCAGACCUCGCGCUGGCGCUAAAGCUGCACCAUUCUAUGGCUGCACUAUGGCCACAUGCUACACUGGCAAGGGCCGCGGCGCGGCUUGUCCUUGCACACCAGCACGCUUCAGCGCCCCUAGCGGCACCUGGAAAUUUCAUCGCUCAUCGCGCCUCUUCUGUAGCCACACUACCUCACGCCAAUGAACUUUUCGUACACGUGCGCGUGAUGGGUAGCGCUGCUCGCGCAAGACGAGUGCUUCCUAUGGUGCUUCUGUGAGCAUUGACAAACUUCGCUUAUGCGACGUUGAAUGCUCAUUCUACAAUGGCGGCUGUUGAGAAAUACGUACUGGACAACCCGUUCCGUCCCGCAUCUACUUUAAAUGGAGACGCGUCGCCGGGUCCUUGCGUUGUCGGUGGUGGCUGCUUCGGGAUCCCAGCUCUGUCAAACAGCGUCGGUGGAGAAGCUUCACGGCAGCAGCGCGCUACCGCCGUUCAACGGGGAUUCAAGCGUCCUUUACCAGUGUGGGACUUUUGCUGCGCCAACUGCGAUCAAGGCUUCGCAAGCCAGGCGGAGCUCUCCGUCCACUGCGCCGAGCACGUUUCAUGUCCGAGGGAGGACUGCGACUUCGCGGCCAGCCCGGCGGUUGUAGCGCUCCACGAAAAGUUGCAGCACGACAGCCCGUUUAUUCGGCGUAGUGCCGCUGUCGGCACCGACGAAGACCUGGAAGAGUGGCGUCGCCAACGCAGGCUGCGCUAUCCCACGUUGCGGAACAUCGAGGCUAAGAAGGCGGCCGAGGCGGAGCGCCAGGCGCGCCGCGAAGUCAUCCGUGAAGACGCCCGCGGCCGACGCCGCCCGCGUAACAACAAGCGUCGGCAGCGCGCACGCCGACGCGCCUCACCGCACAGGCGCACUCCUCAGCCGUCUCGGCGGGCACCUUCUUCACCUGUCAAGGAAGAGCCCUCGCCGUGCGAAGAUUUGCAAGACAAGCCACCGCCGGACCAUAUUACGGAUUCGGAUUCGGACAGCGAGCAGCGUAACGUGAAAGCACCGGACCCGCCCGCGCCUCGACCUUUGGUAAGUGGUGCCUUGGCUUCGCUCAUGGCAUGCUACAGCAGUGGAAGCGACGACGACGAACCGGCCAGCAAAGAACCGCAAGAGCAAGCGAUGCAGCGGGAGGCGGCGCCACCUCCACCGACAGAAUUGGUGUCAGCAAAAGCGGAACCGGCCGGCCCCGUAAUGCGAGGAAAGGCGACGCCGCCUCCUCGAAAGACAUGCUGGCCCCCCCGGAGAAAGCUGACGCUAUUGGAGCGACUGCUGGCGCCUGAAGUACGACAUGAACGCAACGUGAUACUGCAGUGUGUGCACUAUGUUGUCGACAAUGACUUCUUUGGUGAGACAGGGCCCGAGGCGGCCACGAGGGGCCAGCUUGGAACCACUGCCGUGGUGCUCAGCCACCAAUUGGAUUGCGUGCAACACUCGGGGUUCUCCAAACAGGGGCACACUUCUGGCCCACCUGAACUGCAUGUGCAGUGGUAAUGCAGUGCAUGCCACCACGAUUUUGGAGAAAUUCUACUUGGCUUUAGCCCUCAAAUGCAAGUGUAAACCUUCAGCCGUAGGUUAUGAAUAGAGUUUGUAGCAAAUGAC